CCGGCCUUUUCCCCACCGAUUUCGUAGCGUUUUGCCCUCUCUCUGCUGUGCGUUGCUCACCACUUUCGGUGCAAGUUCGCCAACCAGCGACUGUCGCUAAGCGUCUCUCUUCUCCUUCUCGAAUAGCUAUUUGCCGGCACCACCAUGACUGAGCGCAAGGCGGUCAUCAAAAAUGCCGACAUGUGAGCAUCGGACGCUGAGAGGGCAGAGGGAGGAUGUGUGUGUGGGCGCGCGUGUGUGUGUGUACUGCGUUCUCCGUGUGUGAAAUGGCUGCAGGUCGGAGGAAAUGCAGCAGGACGCCAUAGACUGCGCCACACAGGCGCUGGAAAAGUGCGAGGGAAAGGCCGAGGGGGCUGGGCUGGGCGGGGGCUGUGUCGACGGCUGUGUGUGUGAGGUCUUUCUUUGUGCCGUCCGUGUGUUGUGUUGCCUGCCUGGCUGCAGGUACAACAUCGAGAAGGACAUCGCGGCCUACAUCAAGAAGGAGUUUGAUAAGAAGUACAACCCCACAUGGCACUGCGUCGUCGGACGAAACGUAAGUAAUGACACACAACACAGACAGAUAUCUGACACACACACAGACAUAACACACAAAGAGAGAGGGGAAGGAGACCAGGAAGGAGACCACGGCCGUGCACGGCAACACACACGCGGCGCUGCGCGCUUCCAAUGCACUGCAUGACCCCUGCAAAAUCUAAAAUCUGUUGUGUGCGUCAGUUCGGUUCCUACGUGACGCACGAGACGAAGCACUUCAUCUACUUCUAUCUCGGCCAGGUGGCGGUGCUGCUCUUCAAGUCGGGCUGA